AUGGCAGGGGUGAAAAGAGAUCAGAAGCAAAGCUUAGUUUGGGUUACGCCAUAUGAAGAAGUGCAAACAAUUCAGGAUUCUUCUGAAGAAACUAAAGAAGAGGAAAUGGAACAUUCACGUGUGAGAGGAAUUACAAACUCUGAAAAUGAAACAAGCAAGUUGACAAGAAAUGACAAAAGAGAUGCAGAAAGUCGGGAGCUAAGCAAUCUGGGUGAAUGUUCAGAAGUUCGACAAGAGAUUAUGAAAGACCAUGAUCACAGUAAAAGAGCGAGAUAUUCACUUGAAACUGAUGGUGUGGAGGAGAUACGUGUAAUAAAUACGACGAAUGACGAAAAAAGUGAUGAAAACAAAUUCGAGAGAAGCGCUAUGCAACGGACAUACGAACGUGAUAGUAUCCAGGAAGCGAUUACUGUUGAUCUAAUUGGUAUGAUGCAGCAUGGCCUGCCAACCAGGUUUCGCCCCGCUUCAGCCUGGGUUAAUGCCAGUUAA